AUGACACUCGAUCAGCUAUCGCAAUCUUGCCACACCUGCGGUACGAAGGCCGAGAAGACGUUUACUUGUACACAAUGCAAUAAUCUGGCCUUCUGUGAUGCGGACUGGCCGAAAUGGGUCUUGCACACUGCCGGGGCGGUAGGAUGGAACGGGAAACCACAUGAGAAGGCGGAUCCGGUUGUCGUCCACCGUCUCCGGCAGAUCCUGGAACCGAGCCGCUCAGAGGUAGAUCACGAAGCCGAGCUCCUCGACGACCAAGAUACGACAUGGUUCGGCUUCGGGCGAGACGCCCAAGGCCAUCCUAUGCUCCAUGAUUAUGGACGUUUUGCUGCUAUCAUGGGCGAGACCCAGACCGACGACACAACCGAGCGCUAUCCUCAGCUUGCAUCCUUCAUUGGAGAAACCGGUGCUGGAAAGAGUACCCUGAUCAAGCUUUUGAUCGACAGACAAGACUUGACUUCUUCUCAGGAGUCCAGAUACUACUCUCCAGUGACAUCCUCUAACCAAGAUCGCAUAUCCACCACGGGUGAUGUUCAUCUGUAUGCCGACCCGGCAUCAUUACAGAGCAACCACCCGCUGCUCUUGGUAGACUGCGAGGGCCUCAACGGCGGGGAGGCCGUACCCAAGCAGCUAAGAUAUGCGUCGGAAGACCCGACUUCACCCUCAGUCGGAAUCCGUCCGAGGGGACACACAGCACCGCGCAAGAUCGAGUGGGCAGAGACACCACAGACGCAGAAGCGAGAGUUUGCAGUCAGCCAACUGUACCCCCGCAUUCUCUACACAUUCAGCGAUGUCGUGGUCUUUGUGUUGCGGAAUCCGCGGUCCUUCGAGUCAACGGUGCUGCACAAGCUAAUACGGUGGGGUGCGGCUUCGAUCGACAAGUCCAUCAACCAGCCCGUGCUUCCGCACGCAGUCAUCGUGCUCAACGCUACCGAUAUCAACGUCGAUGAGAAGGAAUGGGACAUCGCCAAGGCUACGGAGUUGCUCAUGUCCGACAUCAAGGAGGCGAUCUCGCGGGAGCCGGUCCUGCAGGAGUACGUACGGGUGUGGCAGAAACGCGGGAGGAAAAUCAAGAGUACGAAGGAGCUUCUGGAAUGCUAUUACGCGUCUAUCAGCGUCAUCAGGGUACCCUAUAAGGGCUCAUACAUGUUGAUGAACGAGCAGGCCGGCAAGCUCUCAGACCUGUUGAGAGAGAAAUGUGAGGCAUCACAUGCCAAGAAAAAGCAGAUGCGCAUGCUGGCAAAUACGGACAAGCUUCAGUUUUACCUUCAAGCAGCAUACGACCAUUUCACCCGGGAUCUCAAUACCCCGUUUGACUUUGUCAAGGAGACGCUGCGACACAGCCCAGUGUCUCGGACCUUUGAGGGAAACAUACUGAACUUGGCCUUGUCGAUCAAGAACAGCCCAACACCAAUGGUUCUCCAGAGCGAUGCGGAACAGAUCUUUCGGGUCAUAGGACCGGUGAUAGCCUCCUGCGUCAUGCUUGACGCCGUACGGCAGAAGCUCCCAGGCACUGUGAGUCGUCUCCUGGAUGAUCGCUACGCCAGCGCUUGCGUGGGUGCACUGCAGACGUUCGCAAACAUGUAUUGGCCCUGCAGCUUCACGAACCCAUCGCUCAGCGGAGACCUUGGCCAGUGCUGUAACGUCCGAUCAGGUCAUAACCCGAAAGGCCACCAGAACAAGCAGGGAAAAAUCAUCGGAAACGGGGAGUACGAGUCCAACUUUGACGCCCCCGGAUUCCUGCCGGUGUGGGAACAACUAAUACGAGCGAGCCUGGUCCAGGUCCAAUCUUCCAGUUUCAGGCUGGCACAUGAGUUCCAGGAAAGGACGGAGCUGGAGAUUGCUGCCCUGCUGCAUCAGGAGCGCCUGAACGAGCUUUACUCUAAUGUCCUGGGCUGCGCGACUAAUUAUAUCAGCUACUCUGCCUGCUUGUGCUGCUUGAGAGAGCUCCCCGAGUGCGCAUUACCGUGCGGUCACGUACUGUGUACCCCAUGUAUCGAGACUUACGGAACCCGGACAUCGAGGACGACAAUCGAAAUUCGGCGAUGCCCUCUACACGUCCGCGAUAUUAUCUCAAAUCCCGCUUGGGUUGUUACGACGAAACCGCGAUUUGCUGGCGUGCGCACUCUUAGCCUUGAUGGUGGGGGUGUCCGAGGCAUUGUGCAGCUUCAAGUUCUAAGAGAGAUAGAAAAAGUACUGGGGCCUGACUUGCCAAUCCAGCUGUUCUUUGAUUUGAUCGUGGGGACCAACACUGGCGGCAUCAUCGCGAUCGGUCUGGGAGUGAAGAAAUGGACCGUCAACGGCACUAUUUUGAAGUUCAAAGACCUCUGCCGAGAGGCCUUCAACCCUCGGGAGAUGACCAGCAUACCGUUAUUCGGGGCGCUGUCAAGUCUCUACCAUGGCAGUCUGUACAAGACGCAACCUUUCGAGAAAGCGCUGAAGAGAUACUUCUCCGACCAGCCCUUUUUCGGUGGUUCUACCCACAAGUCCCGUCUCACUACUUCGAAUAGGGUUGCCAUUACCGCCCGGAGGACUAUGGAUGGGCAAGCUGUUGUCUUUGCGAACUACAAUCGUCCGGAUCCGACCGCAAUGAUUCUCCCAUACCAAUUCACUCGAUCUGAUGUGCCAGAAAGGGAGGUACGGAUGUGGGAAGCUGCUCGAGCUACAGCAGCAACUGCGCCGCUGUUCAAGUCUUACACGAAGCCCGAAACCAAGAGCGAGUAUGCCAACAAUGACAUGCGCUUCAUGUGCCCGAUUGCCACAGCCCACCACGAGGCUCAGGCGAUAUGGACCGACGUCGCCUUCGAAGCACCCGAUCUCGUGCUUUCUAUCGGCACCGGGCGUAACAUAGGCGACAGUAACCUGAGUAACCUGGACGACCUCCAUGGUGCCCCGUCUUUGCGGACGGUCACGACCGAGUCAAACAGUGUAACAACAGCGCCGGUACCCAGUGCCAUCAUCCGCCAGGGGCGAGGCGGCAUGGGCAACUACAAGCGCCGCGAGAGCUCAUCCGCAUCGCCCCUGGACCCAUCCACCCACAAGACGGCCAGCAACGGGAUCGUGAUCCGCAACCCGCAGGCGCCCAUGCUAAUCUCGUUCCACAACCCGCUGUCGGGCCAGACGGACCGGCUCAACGACUCGCGGCAGGGCGACCGGACGUGGAACCGCUUCGUGACGAGCAAGCCGGCGCGGCCCGGCGCCGACCGCUGGCGCUACAAGCGCAUCAGCCCCGAGCUCUUCACCAAGCUGCCCAAGUUCGACGACGUGCACAAGAUGGACGACCUCGAGCGCGAGGCCAGGGAGGUGCUGCGCCAGGGCGCCCAGGAGAUCGUGGAGAUUGCGCAUCGGCUUGUCGCGAGCACGUUCUUCUUCGAGAAGGAUGUGAGCAGCGUCAGGCAGACGGAUUCGGGCUUCACAUGCACAGGAUCCAUCUUCUGCCGAUUCCGGCCCCUAUCGCCCGAGCUAAAGGCCCUAGCCUGGUUCCUGAUCUCGCUGCUGCAGGGCGACUUCGAGCCGUACUUCCUGCUGGAGGAGGAGAACGAGGGGGCGUCGUGGCCGGUGCACAAGCUCGUGCUGUCGGAGACGGUGCUGCAGGACAUGCACCUGCAGGGCAACUUCCACCUCGACCCCAUCCGCGUCAACGCCGCGACCGAGCAGUCCGAGACCAAGAUCUCGCUGUGCCUGCAGCCGGCCGCGUACUCGAACGGCGUCAAGGCCCUGCCUAUCAGUGGGUUUCCGCGCCGGCUGAUGGCGGAGGAUGGGGGCGUGGUGCAGCAGGCUGUCACGUCUUCCAUCGAGAAAAAGCCGUCGGUCGCCACGUCUCUUGCCGGCACUAACCACACGGCCGAGACUGAAGAUGGCACCAUCGGCACUGCCACGAUGACUGACAUGGAUACUCCCGUGAGCCCCAUCAGUGACGUGAGUGCCGAGACUACAGUCGACCCUUACAGUACGCGCGCCACCACAGAGGCUGGGUCGUCGUAUGCUGAAUCGACAUACGAGAGACCGGCUUACGAGAGACCGACGUAUGAGAGACCGGCGUAUGAGCGACCGGCGUAUGAGAACCCGCUGUAUAAGAACCCGGUGUAUGAGAGACCGGCGUACGAGAAACCGGCGUACGAGCGGCCGGCGUAUGAGAAACCGACGUAUGAGCGACCCGCGUAUGAGCGGCCUGCGUAUGAGACCUCGGCGUAUGAGCAACCCGCGUACGAGAACCCGGUAUACGAACAACCCGCAUACGGGCAGCCAACAUGUGAUCGUGAUCUGCUCCCCAGUCGCGCGCACGAGCGGCCGCCAUAUGAGCUGCUGCCUGGUCCCGCGUUCAGUGCAUCUUCAUUCGGCGCAUCUUCGUUCGGCAAGUUUCCCCUGGGCAAGGAUCCGGACUUUGUUUGCGAGGUGGAGGGAACACCUGUCGGGACGUAG